AUGCAGCGGCACUUCACCGACAGCCCUAGCCUCGUCCUCACAUCUUCCCUCGCACCGCCGACGUCCCCUGCGCUCAGCGCGCACUCGGGUAUCAGCGGCACGAGCGCGUCUAGCGUCUCGUCCUCAGGCCUAUCGCAAUUCACCGAUCCUGUGACGGGUAUUAUCACGAAGCGCUCGCGCGGCCGGCGCGUACCGAACAAUCCGGACGAGAUGAACAACCUCGGAAAAAGCGGCAAGGUGUACACGUGCAAGGUACCCGGCUGUGGCAAAUGCUUCAAGCGCAGUGAGCACCUCAAGCGACAUGUCCGCAGUAUCCAUACGGACGAUAAGCCCUACACCUGCCCAUUCCCCGGCUGUGGCAAGAACUUUUCCCGACAUGACAACCUCAACCAGCACGCGCGCGUGCACAACCUGGACAACAUACCCGUCAGCGCGACGCUUCUUCCCCAUUCGUCUCUGAGCCGCAGCGGGUCUGUAUCAUCAUCAGCCGCCAGCAGCAGCGGAUGCGCACUUGUAGGCUCUCGACGAGGGUCAAUGGUGGGCUACCAGAGCAGCAACGGUGGCGUCGAUGGCAACGUGUUUGCCGCCAGCCCCGAGCUGUCAACAGGGGUCGAUGACGACAUUGAGGCGCUUAGGCUAUGA